UUCCCUUUCUUGUAAACUUUUGUACAUUCGUGUAGUCACUCAGUAGUGUCAUGGAGGUAACAUGGCCGAGGAGACGCGCCUAGUUCGCGUUGAAGAAAGGCUUAAAAUUAAAAUUGGUGAAGCUAAAAAUUUACAAAGUCGUGGACAUGGAUCUUUGGGUACUCGAGAUGUUUAUUGCGCCUUGUCUCUUGACCAGGAGGAAAUAUUCAGAACGACAACCAUGGAAAGAACCCUAAAUCCAUUUUUUGGUGAAGAAUUUCAAUUUGAAGUACCAAGAAAAUUUCGUUAUCUUGGUAUAUAUGUUUAUGAUCGUGAUCGUCAUUUAAAACAAGAUAAAAUACUUGGUAAAGUUGCAAUAAAACGUGAUGAUUUAGCAACAUAUCAUAAUAAAGAACAUUGGUUUCCACUUCGUCCAGUUGAUGCUGAUUCAGAAGUACAAGGUAAAGUACAUAUUGAAUUUGGACUACAGCCACAAAUUGAUAAUUUACAAACAAAAUUAAUAAUACGUAUUAUUGAAUGUUAUGAAUUAACAAUUAAAAAUAAUGGAUGUGAUCCAUUUGCAACAAUAACAAUAAUAUAUAAUAAUGGUAAACAAAUAACAAAACGUACAAAAGUUAAAAAAAAAACAAUAUCACCAUAUUUUAAUGAAACAUUUAUAUUUGAUACUGAAUUAAAUGAUACAAAUAAUAAAAAUGAUAAAGAUAAAGAUGUAUCAAAUUAUACAAUUGAUAAUAAUGGAGAAAUUGAUGAAGCUGUUAUUAGUUUAUGGCAUGCAUCAUCUGGUAUGGGUGAACAACCAAUUUUUUUAGGUGAAAUACGUGUUACAUUACGUGGUUUACAAAAACAAACAACAAAUACAACAACAGCAUGGUAUUUUUUACAACCACGUUCAAUUAAAAAUCGUCCAAAUAAAUUUAAUAAUAAUAAUAGUACAACAACAAUAAUGACAACAUCAUCAUCAACAAUAACAUCAAUGGCAUCAUUAAAAACAUCAACAACAUCAACAACAACAACAGCUGGUACAUUACAACCAUGUCUUGGUUCAUUACGUUUAAAAAUCCAUUACACUGCUGAUCAUGUAUUUCCAUCAAAUGUUUAUGAUAAAUUACGUAAUUUAUUAUUACAAAGUGUUACAAUAAAACCAAUAACAUCAUCAGCAGUUUAUAUACUUGGUGAAAUAGUAUCAAGUAAAAUGGAAGCAGCUCAACCAUUGGUACGUGUUUUAGUACAUCAUGGACAAUUGGUAUCUGUUAUGCGUGCAUUGGCAUGUCAUGAAAUAUCAAAGUUAACUGAUCCAACAACAAUAUUUCGUGGUAAUACACUUGUUAGUAAAAUGAUGGAUGAAGGUAUGAGAUUAGCUGGUUUACAUUAUUUACAUUCAACAUUAAGACCAUCAAUGGAACAAGUUAUUAGUGAAAAAAAACCAUGUGAAAUUGAUCCAACACGUGUUAAAGAUUCAACAACAAUUGAAACAAAUUUAAUUAAUUUAAAAGAAUAUGUUGAUAAAGUAUUUACAGCAAUAACAACAUCUGGUGUUAGAUGUCCACAAUUAAUGUGUGAAAUGUUUUGGUGUUUACGUGAAUUAGCAGCAAUACAUUUUCCAAAAAAUAAAGAAGUACGUUAUUCAGUUAUAAGUGGUUUUAUAUUUUUAAGAUUUUUUGCACCAGCAAUAUUGGGACCUAGACUAUUUGAUGUUACCAAUGAACAAAUUGAUUCACAAACAAAUAGAACACUAACACUUAUAUCAAAAACAAUACAAAGUUUAGGUAAUUUAGUUAGUUGUAGAGGUGGUGCUGGUAGUGUUUGUAAAGAAGAAUACAUGGAGGGUGUUUAUAGAGAAUUUUAUACGGAUAAACAUAUACAAGCUGUUAAGCAAUUUUUAGAAUUAAUAUCAACAAGUAGUAGCAGUGGAAUGACUCGUCAAAGACCAACAAUACUUCAAGAACAACCAGUUGUACUAAAAGAAGGAAAUUAUUUUUUAUUUGCACAUUCUGCUGCUGAUGAUGGCAAGAGAGUUAUGAUCAAAAGAGCACAAGGAAGAAAACGUUUUGGUAGAAAAAAUUUUAAACAAAGAUAUUUUAGACUGACAACUCAAGAUUUGACAUAUUCAAAGACAAAAGGUAAAGAGCCAUUAUGCAGAAUAUUACUAGAAGAAAUACUAGCUGUUGAAAGACUACAUGAAGAUUCAUUUAAAAUGAAAAAUAUGUUUCAAAUUGUACAACCUCAACGUGCAUUAUAUGUACAAGCAAGUAAUUGUGUUGAAGAAAAAGAAUGGAUUGACAUAUUGACUAAAAUAUGUCAUACAAAUAGCAAUAGAUUAGAAAAAUAUCAUCCAAGUGCAUACAUCAAUGGACACUGGCUUUGUUGUAAAGCAGUAUCAGAAAUAGCACCAGGUUGUAGUGAAGUAUCACCAGGUGUUGAAGCUGGUUUACGAAUGGUACUUGAUCCAGAUCGUGAUUUUCAACGUAUACAUUCAUUGAUAUUUACAAAUAUGCCACGUCUUGAAACACUAAUGAGUGCAUGUGAAUGUCAAGCUGUUUAUGGUGCAAGUGAAAUGUGUGUAUUACCUGGUGGUAAUUCACCAAUUGAAGAUGUACCAUCAUCAUUUAAAACAUUAACUGCAUUAAGAGAAGCAUCAUUUGCACUACAACAUGAACAUCGUGCUUAUUUUAGACGACUUGCACGUGAUACAAAAUAUGGAAGCAAACAAGCACCAAUUGGUGAUGAUAAUUAUCUUCAUUUAGCAGCACGUUUUAAUGAUCAAAUACCAAGACGUAAUUAUGAUAUUGAUAAUUUUAAUCAACGUUGUAUUGAACCAGGUAUAUGUAAUGAUAUACAGACAACAGAUAAUACACGUAAAUAUGAUAAUUUAACAAUAAAUCAUAAAUAUGAUUAUGAUAAUAAUACAGAUAAAUUAAAAUGUAUUCAUAAUGAUAUUAAUAAUAUUGAACGUAAUACAAGUAAUAGUAAAAAUGGAUCUGAUAUUAAAAUUGAUAAAAAUAAUAUUAAUGAUGAUAAUAUUAAAAUUAAUGAUGUUUGUAAUAUAUUAAAUAAUGACGGUAUUAAUUUAUCUGAUACAUCAUUAAAUAAUAAAUUAUGUAGUUAUGACAAUACUAAAAAAAUUAGUGACAGUACAUUGACUAGACGAAUAAGAGACGAUCCUAGUACAAUCAGUGGACGUGGUAAUCAUUAAAAAAUAUUAGAAAAAAAAAAAUAAUUUAAUAUAAAAAAGUCUUUUAGCUCAAAUUUGUAUUAUUAUUUUUUAAUUUUUUUUUUUUACUUAUCAUUCAUUACCCAGUAUCAAAUUGAAGGAAAAAAAAGGGAAAAUUUUUCA